AUGGAUCCGCAAGUCCAGCAACAACUCAUGAUCUGGGGGGGCGCGUUCCCCGCGGGUCUCGCGAUCGUUACGCUCCUGAUCUUCUGGUCGAUCCACACACGCAAAGCGAUGUGGAGCGACGGUGACGAGCACGACGAGCAAGCAUCCGCCAAGCCUACAAAGCCGGGACCGGUGUGGUUGAUGCCGCUGUUGAUUGCAACUGGAUUCAUCGGAGCCGUGAGUGCCCAGUUCCCCUCGUUUGAGAUCUGGCCGAGCGAUAACACAUACCGGCUCCCCCACGCGAUGGUGCUGAUCGCACUCGUCGGACUGCUCGAAGCUCUGCUCAAACCAGGUGCGCUCGUGAUGUUCAUCGCGCGAACACUCGCGUAUGGAGGCGUUUUCUGCAUCCUCGCGUCAGGAUACCGAGGCAACGACAUCGUCUUUGCGAGCGACUGGGUCUACUUCGGAUGGAUGGGGAUCGCGGCGAUCACCCCAGCGCUGCUCGCGAUGAUCCACGAGCAGAACUCCAAAGACAUCCCAGGAUGGAUCGACGCGGGAUGCUGGAUGCUCGUGCUCGGCGGCAUGAUGCCCACGCUCUUCUUCAACGGCAGCGCCACCGGUUCAACUAUCCUCCCAGGCGUGCUCGCGGUGCUUGGUCCCGCGGCCGUGGUGGGAUUGAUCUGCAAACCACUCAAGCUCAGCCGCGGAGGGAUCACCACGCUGGUGGGUGUCGUGCUGAUCGUCACUAUCGGAUCGAGCGUGCAUUCUGAGCUUCGCUCCUUGCAAGCGGUGCUGCUGCUGAUCGCCGCUGUUGCUACGGGGCUGAUCCGCAAUGAGGGCUCGUCCACAUUCCGCUACAUCCUCGUCCGCGCCGGGAUCGCGGCGGUGCUGUUGGCAGGAGCCGCGGCUCUGGCGCAUCAUGAGUACCAGCAGCUCAACAGCGAUUCAGAGAGUAGUGGUUAUGACUCGUACCUAGACUACGACUCAGAUUCAGACGGCUGA